AUGAAGUUUCCAAAGGAUUAUCCAAUGAAUCCACCUUUUGUACGAGUACUAAGACCCAGGUUUCAGUUUCUUACUGGUCAUGUUACUAUUGGUGGUAGUAUAUGUAUGCAGAUGUUAACAAGGUCAGGUUGGUCUCCAUCUAAUGAUAUAGAGAGUAUAUUAGCUCAAGUUAGAGCUGAAAUCAUGUCGGAUUCAAAUGCUCGUCUUGAUCUCUCAUCUAGUGGGGACUAUUCUGAGAGUGAAGCCAGACAAGCUUUUGAAAGAAUGGUUCAUAGAUAUGGCUGGAACAAAUAUUACUCCUUUCAUGGGAAGCUAGGCUGGUGGCUUCAUUUAUAUUCAUAG